CUUACUUUGUUUCUCUCUCGAAAGACUUUAGUGUUGAAAGAGCGGCCAAGUGAUCUCUCUCUCUUUCUCUCCACAAAGAACCGAAACUUGUUCGGUCUUUCGUUGCCUCUCCUCACUCGGAGAAAUCUCACUGCCAAUGCAAAGCUGAAACAUCUCUUUCAGUUCUUAUGAUGGAAGAAGAAAACAGUUCUAUGGAAGAGUCUUGUGAUGAAGAAUUCGUUUGUGGAGAUCCAAAAGUUGAUAUUCGUGUUGGAGAUGAGUAUCAGGUUGAGAUACCUCCUAUGAUGUCUGAAUCCCAACGUGCAGAGCUUCUUUUGAAUCCUCUGGAAUUUGAUUCCUCUUGUUCUUUUGCUGUGGGACUACCUGUUGAAGUAAUGUGGAUCGAGACAAAAUGUAGAGAUGGAGAUGGACUUGGAAGUGAUAACAUUGACAUGAACGAAUCUCUCAAAUCUCUUAAAAGAAAAAGAAGUCGCAGAGGUGGGAGUGACGGGAACUCGGGUUCUAAGCGACGUAUGAAUCUUGAAGCUGUGCCUGAGAAAUCGUCCAGUUCUUGGGAAGAUUUGGAAGUAGAUGGGUUUGUUCUUGGACUGUAUACAUUUGGGAAGAACUUUGCUCAGGUGCAGAAGUUGUUAGAGAGCAAAGCAACAGGAGAGAUACUUUUGUUUUACUAUGGAAAGUUUUAUGGUUCUGCUAAAUACAAAACUUGGUCUAAUUAUCUUAAGAAGCGGAGUACGAGAUGUAUACAAGGGAAGAAGCUCUAUUCAGAUUGGAGGCUACAGCUGUUGUUGUCCCGUUUAAUUCGCAGCAUUACCGAUGAAUCGAAAGAACAGAAGCUAGUGGAUGUCUCAAAGUCAUUUGCUGAAGGGAAGAAAUCUCUGGAGGAAUACAUCAACGCGGUUAAGAAACUAGUGGGUCUUCGGUGUCUUGUAGAGGCUGUAGCAAUCGGUAAAGAUAAGGAAGAUCUGACAGUCCUUACAACAAAACCCGUAGAUGUAGAACAAUGGUUUAGAGUUUCUUCUGCGGUACCUGCUGGUUUAGGGGAAUACAAUUCACUCACAGUUGAAGGUAUAAUCGAAAAAUUGUCUGGUGGUUCCCGUGUGAGCAAAGCUCGUUGCAAUGAUAUCUUCUGGGAUGCUGUAUGGCCGCGUUUGCUACAUAGGGGUUGGCGUUCUGAGCUGCCAAAGGACCAAGGUUACAUCAAGUCUAAAGAACACAUUGUCUUCCUCGUCCCUGGGGUAAAGAAGUUUUCAAGAAAGAAACUUGUGAAACGUGAUCAUUACUUUGAUUCUAUCAGUGACAUUCUCAAAAAGGUUGUUUCAGAGCCUGAGCUUCUUGAGGAGACAGCAGAAGAAGAAAGAGAAGAGAACACUUACAACCAAUCAAAACAGGAGAAACACUGUUACCUCAGGUCUCCAAGCUCUUCUUCUACUCAUAUGAAGUUCACUGUUGUGGACACUAGUCGUUUUGCUUCAAGAGGAAAGUUGUACGAAUUUCGGGAGUUGAGGAUUCCAAGUUUAGCUUCUCAAUCAAAGGCUUGUCGAGGGGAUAACAACUCUUCUGUGGAAAGAUUCAAGUUUGCUGAUGAACGUAAGUGUAAAAGGAAGCAAAAGAUGGAAGUGGUGGAUGAACCGAUGACAUUCUUGAUUCUGGAUACAAGUGUGGACAAAGGUGGGCAUACAUCUGGGAUAAGAAGACGGAGACAUUUGCCUAAAGAGGCAUUUGGUGAAUCAUCACAGAACCAAUCUGGCACUAGUAAAGAUGUGAACUGCGAGUAUCUUAAGGGGACUGAUCCUGGUGUAGAGGAAGAGACUUUGGAGAAUGUCCAACAAGGUCGGUCAAAGAAGAUUAAGCAGAAGUUUGCCCUAUUAUCAGAAUCUAAUAAACGUCAUUUGGUUGGUUCUCUUCCCUUGCGAAAACGUAGGCGGCUCAGUACUUGUGUAAGGAAAGAUAGAAAACGUUCUGGUGAAAGUUCAGUGUUGAAGCCACCUCCAUUAGACCAGAUAACUAACAGCCACCCCAAGUUACAUGUUGAUUCUAUGAACCUCAACACUAACCAGUCAGAAGAAAAUGAAAAUAUUGAGAUUCAAGAAAGGCCAGAAACUGAACCAAAUGGCUUUUGUUCCAUCUCGGAGACAGUUCAUGAACCAAGUUCAUCAGCACAACAACAAGAACCAAAUGGGUUACGUUCAUCAAAGGAACAAGGAGCUCUUCAUGAUGAACCAAUUUCACUAGCACAACAACAAGAACCAAAUGGGUUAUAUUCAUCAAAAGAACAAGGAGCUUUUCAUGAACACAGUUCAACAGAACAACAACAAGACGAAUCAAAUCGGUUGUGUUUGGACAAAAUAUGCUCUUCCAAGGAUCUGGGAACUGCUCAAAAAGAAGAGCAACCGAUUCAGUUGCCUCCUAAGUCAGCCUCAGACAAGAAUUCUCCGUCCAGAGAUCAUGGAACUACUGAAGAACGUGCAUCAUUAGAACAACAAGAAGAAGAGCAUAAACAACAGGCCAACACGGACAUUCCAAGAAGACAAAGCACAAGAAAGCGGCCGUUGACUACUCGUGCUCUGGAAGCUCUAGAAUCGGACUUUUUUACACCAAAAAGCAAGAAAACUACUACAUCUAAACCGAGAAACCGCGAACGUUCUGCAAGGAUCAAGCACUCAGCCAAUGCGAAUAACAAAACUCCAGGCGAGUCAGACAAUAGUUUUCAUGUAAAGGAGGCGAUAACAAGUAAACCGUCAGACCAAAUAAAGGAUUCCGAACCGAGCUUUCUUGUGGAUAAAGUAACGGUGACAAGUAGUAAGCAUGUGGAACAAAUAAAGGAUUCGGAGAAGGUGACUACCGAGUUCCCUAAACUUCCUCCAAUUGUUUUGAAACUUCCCUUUAGGCGUGGCUCAAGAAGCAAUGAAGACUGAAGUCUGAAUCAUUUUUUGCGCGUAGUUGACUCAAUGAAGAAGGGUGUACAGAAGAAGAGAGCUCUUUAGGAAGAAAUUUUUUUUUGUUUGUUUCUCUGGUAUUAUCUGCUACAUAUUAUAUACAUGGGUAAUCUCUUAUUCUUUUGAAACAAAAUCUGCGCAAUAGAACUAUGAAACGAAUAUGAUCUAAGAACUUUACGAUAGAAAACAUAUGCAUGUAGAUACAAUUUUUGUGGAGGUAAGGUCACA